UCUCUUAUCUGCAGAAGCCAAGUCGAUCGAAACGAGUCCCCCGGUUCCCCGUGAGGAUCGUGGCGCCCAGACGAGGAAGGAAAAGCGAUGGGUCCGGCUUGGGCAUGAACCACAGGCAGCGUUUCGCCCCAGCAAGAUGAGGCCGGCGUCAUUGUGACUUUGGGACCUGGCUGUGCCUGCAGGGGGAAUAGUAAAAACACAUGCGUAGCAGGGGGUGAAGUAAACACGGACACAGAAAUAAACAGAUGGUGCAAGAUAGAGGCAACACCCACUUCUUGUUAUUAUAAAGUCAUGUACAAACAGUGGCUGGGACACAAAAACAGAAGCAAGUUUGUAGGCCAUCGCUUUAUUCUCAGUACCUCUGAGUUCUAGAAAAACGUUUUGACGUAAAAGAGGUAAAUGGCACAUUUUGCAAAACGCGUCAGUACGAAGUCAGUCGCCGUGCUCACCUCUCCUCGUGCAUGUUACAGCCUCUCUGAGGGGCUACAAUCCUGCAAAGUGGCCAUUUCGUCAAAACACACACAGCGCAGUAUGACGCUGAAAGAGGCAGACAAGAUCUGACCUCAGGGCUGAUUCUCGAUGACAGGUUUACCAAGUGCUGAACUGGUUCACGUGAACGGGGAGCAGAAGAAAGAAGUAGUGUCUUAUUAUUUGAAUUACUUGACGAGGUCAGUACAUAUACAGGUUUUGUGUACAUCAGAUAGCAGCAGUCAGCUGUCAUGUCCGGGCACCAUGGUCUUUAAUCCUUGAAGCUCUUCCUUUAUCCGUUCGUGGCUUCCAGUAAAAACAAGAGGGAGUGAGAAAUCCAAGCAUAUGAGUAAGCAUGAAAUUAUCCCAAUGUUUGCGGGCUCCCCCGCUCCUCUCUCCCAACCUGGAGACUGCGCAGAAAGCGUCGGGGAAAAGUGCAUGUGCAAGCAGAACUGAGAAAGUUCAUAGAGCCGAGGUGCAGGAUGUCCCGUUGAGGAGAAGAAAAAAAAAAAAAAAAAAAGCCUCCAGAGGAGCAGAGGCAACACAAGCUGACGGACUGGAAGGAUCGCAAGCCGGAGUGAACGGCAUUUACCCCACUUAAGACACUGUUAACGUGGAAAAAUGGGUUUUCCGACGAUAUUUAGUUGUCGUCGGGUUGUUCUCAAAUUGUUUUUAGUUCAGUUCAUCGUCUUUCAUGCAACAUAUGCCGCCCCUUCGCCUAUUAUCAGGUUUCCUGGAGACGAUACUACCCCCAAAACAGACAAAGAAGUUGCUCUGCACUAUCUGAAUAAGUUUUAUGGAUGCCCGCAAGACAGAUGCAACCUUAUGGUGCUCAAGGACACCCUGAAGAAAAUGCAAAAGUUCUUUUCUCUGCAAGAAACCGGAGAGAUCGAUGCCAAAACUGUGGAGAUCAUGAAAAAGCCCCGCUGUGGCGUCCCAGAUGUGGCCAAUUACAACUUCUUCCACAGGAAACCCAUGUGGCAGAAUAAAGACAUCACCUACAGAAUUCUGGGAUACACUCCUGAUCUGGAUGAGGAAGUCAUAAAUGAUGCUUUCUUCAGAGCCUUCAAAGUAUGGAGUGAUGUCACCCCACUCGAAUUCACCCGCAUCAUGGAUGGAGAGGCUGACAUCAUGAUUAAUUUUGGCCGCAAUGAGCAUGGAGAUGGUUACCCCUUUGACGGCAAAGAUGGCCUCUUGGCUCAUGCCUUUGCUCCAGGGCCAGGCAUUGGGGGAGACUCCCACUUUGAUGAUGAUGAGCAGUGGACACUGGGAGAGGGCCAAGUGGUGAAGGUGAAGUUUGGCAAUGCUGACGGGGAGUUCUGUAAAUUCCCCUUUCUGUUCAUGGGCACUGAGUACAACAGCUGUACGUCCCAGGGCCGUGAAGACGGCUUCCUGUGGUGCUCCACCACUUACAACUUUGAUGAAGACAGCAAAUAUGGAUUCUGUCCUCAUGAAUUGCUAUUCACCCUGGGUGGAAAUGCAGAGGGCUCUCCAUGUAAGUUCCCCUUCAACUUUCAGGGGGAGAAGUAUGACGGAUGCACCACUGUGGGCAGGGAUGAUGGUUACCGCUGGUGUGCUACUACUGAGGACUAUGACCGUGACAAAACCUAUGGGUUCUGCCCUGAAACUGCCAUGUCAACAGUGGGAGGAAACGCAGAAGGAAGUCCUUGUGUCUUCCCCUUCACCUUCCUGGGUGACAACUAUGAAUCCUGCACCUCAUCUGGACGCAGCGAUGGCAAGAUGUGGUGUGCUACCACCAGGAGCUAUGAUGAUGACCGCAAAUGGGGUUUCUGUCCUGACCAAGGCUACAGUUUGUUCCUGGUAGCAGCCCAUGAGUUUGGUCAUGCCCUUGGCUUGGAGCACUCUCAGGACCCCGGAGCAUUGAUGGCCCCCAUUUACACCUUCACUAAAGACUUCAGACUUUCUCAUGAUGACAUCAAAGGCAUCCAGGAGCUCUACGGUGUGUCGACUGACAAGCCUCUGCCUCCAACUCACGGUCCAGUCACUCCAAUGGACAUCUGUAAGGAGCCCGUUGUCUUUGAUGCUGUAGCACAAAUCAGAGGAGAGACCUUCUUCUUCAAGGACAGGUUCCUGUUCAGGUCAGUCAACUUCAGAAGCAAGCCCAACGGCCCUCUGCUUGUGGCCACCUACUGGCCUGACCUGCCUUCCAAGAUAGAUGCUGCCUAUGAAAACCCAGUGGAUGAAAAAACAGUCUUCUUCUCAGGCAACGAGAUGUGGGUCUACAAAGCAGAUGAGUUGGAGAGGGGUUACCCCAAGAGGCUCUCCAGCCUUGACCUUCCCACUGACCUGCAGCAAAUCGAUGCUGCCUUCAACUUUAGGAAGAACAGAAAGACUUAUCUAUUUGCUGGGGACAAAUUCUGGAGAUACGAUGAAGAUAAGAAGAAAAUGGACCCUGGCUUCCCCAAACUUGUUGCUGAUUCAUGGAAUGGCAUCCCAGACGGCAUGGACUCUGCCUUCAGUCUUAAUGGCAUUGAUUACAGCUACUUCUUCAAAGGCAACCACUAUUUCAAACUGGAAGACAACAGCUUGAAGAUUGUCAAGCUGGGCGAAAUCACAAAGGACUGGCUCGGUUGUUGAGCAUUUCCAAAAUGUCUCGCAACUUGCUAAUUCCUGUAAUGACGUCUGGCCUCAUGAGGACAUUGCUAUAGUAUCGUACACAAUUUGAGGUCGCUGCAGUGCACACUGUUGUAAGUUUUUAUCCUGGCAACUAUGCACGCUUCUGUGGGAGACAUGUGCCUUCCAGCCUGUAUAACCAGCCUCCAGCUUUGUAGAAAGGCACCUCGGGACCUUCUACACAGGCUGAACAAAGGCAACUGGAUAUUUGCUAUAUUACUGUGUGAUAUUGGCAUUGUAUUUGUUAUGCUGAUGCAGAUUUAUUACAACAUGUACCCCCUGUUUUAGUGUUUUAUAGUUUUUUUUUUUUUUUUUUUUUUUUUUUAAAAACUCAGACAUCAGGUAUGUCCACACUGCAUUGAACGCAGUGCUAUACUGUGCUGUGAGAUAUUGCCGUUUUAUGCAAAUUUGAUUCUGAAAGGCUGUUUUACACCAUAUGAGAUGUUGGCUUAGAAUGACUUCUAUGUCUGUUGUACUAAGUGCAGUUUUAUAAAUGUAUCAGUUUUAAUUAAUUAAUAUUCUCAUUGUUGUGCAAUACAUUUGAAAAAAUGAAUUUGCACAAUGUGUCUGACCGAAAAUGGUGCUUUAGAGAUUGCUUUUUGCAUAUAGUCCUAAAUAUAUAUACAUGUAUAUACACAACUUAUAUUCAGUCUAACUAUGUCUGAUGGGACUACUUAGUAUCCUCUGAAUGUCAGAAGGUAGUAUUCGCAGGCACACAUUAUUCUUCAUUUGGUUAGCACUUUUUAUAGGACUAUACAAGGGAUCUGCACAAUAUGGUGACCAAAUUAUUGUCAUGGCAACUCCAUGUUGCAGUUCCCUACACUAAUGGUACAGAGAGAUUAAAGGCACAGGUUGCCUCUAGAGGCUGUAUAGGUUUGCUGCAUGAUGGAAUCAUGACUAGAGUACCGCAGUAGUAUUGUUUAAUAAUCUUUUUUUGUUUGUUUGUUUUAUAUUCUCUUUUCUGUCUUGGGUUUUAGCAGUACAGUCAUUGUGUUUUGUGUUGUUUUUAAUGCUUGUGCACUUUGUUACUGUCAUCAAUAAAGAUGAAAGAUGGUCAA